AUGCACGCCUCUGCUCGGAAAGUCCCGUUAAAUUGCCCGGCACAUCUGCAUGCAAGCCACAGGGCCUAUGGACACGCGCGAGAGGUUGAGGCUUUUGUGGACGUCAAUGUGUUGGUUUGGCUCUUGAGGGCAAGCCGUAUCGGCACUAGCCUGCCAUGUCGGCGUCCCGUUCACAAGGUUCCAAGACCCUCGGCGAUGCCGGUGAAGAGGACGCCGCCACUGGGCCACUGGACCGGUCCGAGGUGCUCCACACAGGUCCUGCUGAAGUGUAGCUUGCUGGAGGACCCCUCUGCCGAAGCGCUUCGGUCAGGGAAGCUCCCAAACCCCGAUGAGUUCCUGAAGGUGCACGCGCCCCGGCCAGGGGGGCCCUUCCUUCCAUGCAUGCCACCUUGCCUCAGCAAGUCUUCGUCGAAGUAUUGGGUAACUCCCUGGAGCUGUUGCUUGAGCCAGAUCAAUCGUGAUGAGGGUGUGGGCGCGUCGGAAACGAUUGCUGUGCGCGACGGGCCUGGGGGGGCCUUACUCCUGAAGCUGGAGCUCUGCCCGCACCGCUCGUUCGGGAAGUUGAGCUUCAUCCGUGAUUGCAACGGUGAGCUUUUGGGAGCUAUGGGUACCUUAGAGAAGCACCGGCCCAUGGAAAGCCAGCGCAGCAGCUAUGCCAUCUACGGCAAGCAGCAGCUCUCCGGCUGUCAAGCCAUUAGCGUGGAAGGCGAGAUGCUUUAUCAGUGGGCCACCGUGUCCCGGUCCCCAUUCACGUACAAUGCGAAGAUGCGAUUGGAGGGCCACAGCAAGAGUGAUCACGCCUGGACGCUAUCCAUGCGGACUGGACUGCCGCCUCCCAGAUGGGUAGUGAGCAACAAGAAGCGCGGCGCCGCGGUGGUUCCGAGAAGUGUAGACAAGAAGCUACACGAGUACUUGAUCGCACCUGGCGUCGAUCCUGGCCUGGUCGUGUGUGGCACCUUUGCCCAGCUCCUGGCACAGGACGAGCUUCUGUUGGACUGA